AUGUCAGGCUACCCACAGAUCGUAUUCUACGACAUCCACUGUGAAACCACCAAACAGCCAUGGUCUCCCUUCACCACACGUACCUACCUAGCCCUUCGCAUUCUCGGCAUUCCCUUCCAGCACGAGUACAUCCCUAUGUGCAAGAUUGGCCCGACUCUCUCCGCCGUUGAGCUACCUCAACCCAAAGACAGUCGAUACACUUUACCAGCUAUCACACUGUCCCCACCUCGUUCCGGGUCUGGGGAGAAAGAAUGGGUGACUGAAAGCGAGACCAUCGCUGCUCUACUCCAACAGCUUUACCUCGAAAACGGGGGCGAUCUUUCUCGCUCACUUUUUCCUGAUGAAGCAUCAAAACAGCUCGCUUCAGGAUUGAAAGAGCAAUUCACAGCAAGCUUAUACACGAAAGAUCAUCGAUGGAAGUCCAUCAUCCCGAUGGUGUAUCACAUUUUGGACCCGGAAAGUCAAGGUUUCUUCCACGAAACUCGCAUUAGCGAUUGGGGCAAGUCACCGAAAGAAAUCAUAGAGACUGAUGCGAAAGAGAAUGCAGAGAGAGAUGGUGGCGUGGAUAAAGUUUAUGCAAAGGCGAUGGAACCGUUCGGAGAGCUGUAUGAGAAUAAGAAGAACAAGAAGGGCCUCUGGCUAGGUGGUGAUAAUCCCAUCUAUGCAGAUAUCAAGGUGUUGGGUAUGAUGCAAUGGUUCAAAUGUGCCAAUGGCGAAGCGUUCGAAGGUGGUUUGAAGGCAGUGGGAGGGGCGCUUGAAAAGGCUUGGAUUGCUGGUCAGGUUUACUUUACGCAGAGUUGA